GCUCCGAUCGAGAGCGACUUCGCAGUCAAGAUCCAUAUACGAUCUACAAAGUGUAAUCAUGAAUGAAGAGGACAAAGGCAAGAUUAUUCAGAACUUGACCGUGCUGAGAGAAAGUGUCAUGGUCAGUAUCCAUCCAAUACUACAUCUACUGAUCGAGAAUGGCGUAUUGAAGUUCGAGUUUCUUGCACAAUUUGACCAAAUUUCAGACCGACACAAACAAUUCAGUGAAUUUAUUUCUGUUCUGACGUCAUCAGGGCACACACUGGCUUACAGUACGUUUAAGACCGCAUUGAAGGCAGAAGGAUUGCAUGAUUUGGUGGAAACUAUGGAAAGAAAAGAGCCGGAUCCUAACAGAACAGUUAACUCUGAGCAGGUAGAGUCAACAACGGCAGCCGGUGCUUCUGGUGGAGAAAUUCUUGACGCUAUGAAAGAAAUGUUUGCUGAUGCUGAACGGAAACACGAAGAAAGGAUGAAAAGAAUUGUAGAGGACGUGUCCCACAUACGAAAGAAACAGACAGAAGCGGAGUUGUUACGACAAGAAGAUCAGAAACAUCUUCAUGAACUGCAUGAGUUGAAUAAGAGAACUCUUGGAAUGCUUCAACAUUCUUCAGAUGAUGAGAAACGUUUAAAAGAGGACUAUACUCACUUACAAGAGAUACAGAAAGAAAUGCGUCAAACUGACAAUGAUCGUCUUCUCCGUCUCCGCGACAAGAACUUUGAGAUAGAGGAUCUCAACUGCAAGUUAAAGCAAAAGGAGAAAGAACUAAAGGAAAAAACAAAAGAAAAUUGCAUAUUGAAGGAAACAAUUUGUGACCAAUACGAAAAAAUGAAAUCUGUUCUCGGAAAGCAAAAGCAAACGCGAAAGGUACGAACGGUGAAAGAACAAUGUAACCAAGCAAUAAAGAUAUACCAACAAACAGGAAUAAUCGACUUGAACUUUCAAAUCAGUUUCGGGGAUUAGUAUCUUAAUACAUUUGGUGACGACUUACAUUCAGCAAUAUAUACUUACAAUCAAUUUUGUCAACACUUAAUUGACAAGUAUUUUCACGAUGAAAAAACUGAACACUGAUUAUCAUUGUUGAACCAUAAUACAAUUUGACGUGUGGAGUUGGUUUAUGCAUUGAUAUACAUGUAGUUGUAUGUAAAUGUUUAUAUUAGCGUAUAGAUGUAGAUUAAACACUAACACUAUAUAUAAAACGCAUUGUCAUCAAAUAUUGUACAACGUCACAGCAUGGAUAACGUGUAGAAGUCGGGGUUCUGACUCCGAACUCUAUGGCUGAGGUUUAUUUCUUUUUAUUAUACAUAUAUAUAUAUAUUUCUAUAACCUCUUACCUAGGUUUUUAGUUAGCAUUGACAGCGUCAUAACGAAUAGAACAAUUGUAAUCGAAGAGUUCCUAGAUAACGACAAUUUCAUAGAAUGGAACAGAAAAAACAUGAAUUCAAUGUAUAUUAAAAACCUUCAGAGAAAGUAUAUUAGAUUAUUUUUUUUCAUUGGACGAUCUCACUUGCUGACUGUCUUCUGACGGUAGAUAUUUAAAUAAAACCAUUACGUAUUCCGUUGAAAAAGUCAUGUUUCAAAACGAAAUUAAAGCUAACGCAGUUAGAUUUCGAAUUGUUUGACGUUUUGACGUUAAACGGUACAUGUGAUACUCUCUUAAGAUUUGAUCACGAGCAUUGCUAUCUUCAAAUUAUGUGGACGAAUUGUUAGGUAUGCUAUGUUCGACAUUAACGCAGUUGCGUAGAAAAAUCACAACACAAUCAAACAUUCCUAUCUAUACAGUAUACACAUUAAUUAAGACGUCACAACCGUGUACGCUAUUUAAUUGACAUAACAUGUGGUUAUAGUAUAUAAAUAGUUAAAUAGAUAUAAGACGUGUAUACAGUACUAGUGUCUAUUUUCCUGUACUAGUUAUACGUCAGAUGUGUUUGGAGGUUUUAUUACAAUUAUUUUAUAUGAUAUGCGAGUCAUCGCGGUUUUCGUCAGGUCUGAAACCUUGGUAUUUAGGGUAAAAAGUUUUUAUUAUGGUCACCAUGCUAAUAUAUUUACAUUUGGUGUGGCAAAGCCCUUCUAUAUUACUACUAAAGUACUGCCAAUAGCAGCUUCAUCUUA